AUGGUAGUGUCACAGUUUUAUAUUCUGUCCCCCCGAGGGGAUACUAUCAUCAAUAGGGACUUCCGAGGGGAUGUAUCGAAAGGAAGUGGAGAAAUGUUUUUUCGAAACGUAAAGUUACACAAGGGAGGAGAUGCCCCCCCGUUGUUUUACCUAAACGGGAUUCACUUCACCUACUUAAAAAACAACAGUCUCUACUUUGUAUUUACCUCCUUGUUUAAUUCAUCGCCAAGUUAUAUCCUGGAGCUCCUCUACCGGGUGGUAAAAAUAGUGAAAGAUUUUUGCGGACACAUAAGUGAGGAAGUGAUUCGAGCGAAUUUCAUUUUAAUCUACGAAAUUGUAGAUGAGAUAAUUGACUAUGGGUACAUUCAGAACAGCAACACGGAAAGCAUUCGCCAUUUGGUGCAUAAUGAGAUAAGUGCAACGUCUGACGUGUGUCUGGGUGGUGUCAGUAGUGUAGGUACUUCUUCCAGUGGUGGUAGUAUUACCGCUGGAGGGGUGGCCACCGCCGUGGGAAAUACAGUUGGGAAUAGCAUCACCAGUAUUAGUAAGAGCACCAAGAAGCUAGCGAACCUUUCCAACCUUUCCACCUUUAGUAUGAAAAAUUCAAACACAUUACCAUCCAAUGCGUCCCAAAAGCCAAUCCAACUGAAUGAAAAAAAAAACGAAAUAUUCCUCGACAUUGUAGAAAAAAUUAACCUCAUCCUGAAUUUUAAGGGAGAAAUUAUUUACUCCUAUGUGGAUGGCGUCAUUCAAGUAAAGUCCUACCUACAGGGAAACCCCUACAUUAAGAUCGCUCUAAAUGAAGACCUAUAUAUCAAGAACCUCCACUCGGACAACACCAAUAACGUCAUCAUCGACGAUUGCAAUUUUAACCACCUGGUUAAUUUGUCUCAAUUCGAACGGGACAAGAUUCUUUCUCUCUACCAACCGGACGGGGAGUGCAUCCUCAUGAACUACCGGAUCAACAACAAUUUUAAGGCGCCCUUCCGCAUCUAUGCGAGCGUCACCUACGGACCGAACCACACGGUCGAGCUCUGCAUCCGCGUCCGGCUGGACAUCCCCGCGCAGUACACCUGCACGAACGUCUUCGUUAACUGCAACCUCUGCAAACACAUAACCAACGUGCACCUGGACCUGAGCAGCGCCUCAGACCUCUUCUCUGCGCAGUACAUCGCGAACGAGCACCGCCUUCUCUGGACCAUAAAGAAGUUCAAGGGCGAGAGCGAACACAGCAUACGGUCUAAAAUAACCCUGAGCCCCGGGUACACCUUCUGCAAGCGGGACUUCGGACCCAUCUACAUGCUCUUCGAGAUACCCAUGUUUAACUUAUCUAAGCUCAGAAUCAAGUACCUGCGGAUUAUAGAAAAUUACAAGUCGAGCAACACCCACAGGUGGGUCAGAUACAUCACGCAGUCCUCUUCCUACGUCUACCGUCUGCACUGA